CCCAUUUUCACAUGCGCGCCCACUUGGAAGAGAGAAGGUCCAACCUAGACUUGAUUCCCAAAGUCAAAGAUACCAUCAAACUAACCUGACCCACGGCAUCACGCACGCAACAACCUCGGUCUUUCAAUGAAACGUGAAGAGACGACGAGCAUAAGCACCACUCGAUCCAACGCCUUUCGUUAAGGGCUGGAAUUGCACGCGCAACAAACCUGCCUGCUGCCGACGCCGAGUCAAUGAACGACCAAGGCAUGAACCGCGCCCUUCAGACCUCUGUAUAGACCGAAGGAUCGACAUAUACUUUCUCAUUCGCAUUGCGCCUAGCUCGAAAAAGCGUAGUUCAUUGCAAACCUGCAUGCACGCGAGAAGGUCUUUAAUACUCCGGUACUUGCUACUACCUUGUUGCUGCUCGCUCCGUCAGACUUUGGACUCUCCCGCCUUCCAUUGAUGAUCGCGGACGGUCUCGAUGGGGCAACACAAUGCCGGGGAACAUCAUCAACCUCACACCGGCCGACAUUGCCAAAUGGCCAACUCCAAACUAUGAUGAUCCCCCUCGUCGACACUGGAUGCCUCCAUAUGCGGCCAUACUGUGUGGUGUCGCAACAUUAAUGGUCGCCACCCGAUUAUGGAUCCGAUCCAGGAAGCAUGCUGGCGGUCUUGGGCUUGACGAUGUCCUUCUGGUCUGCGGAUGGCUUGGCCUCGUGUGGUUCACAGCACUGGGCAUCAUCAACUCCGAAGUGUACUUGACAUCACGGCAUAUGUGGGACAUUCCGAUGGUAACCUACGAGAACAUCGCGCUCGUCACCUGGAUCGCCGAACUCGCCUUUCUAAUCUGCUCUUGCUUCACUAAAGUCUCGGUCCUAAUGUUCUAUCGCCGACUCGUGGACCAUACAGUUUCCAAGUACUGGAUCUGGACUGUCAUUUGCGCCAUCUCGUUCACUAUAUCAUAUUCAUUGGCCUUCAUACUGGUCCUUAUCUUCAACUGUUCACCAACGGAAGCCUAUUGGAAGGCCUUUAAUCCAAGCUGGACGGCACAGUAUACUUGUGUCGAUACGACUAUUGUUAAUUUACUGGCUGGGAUAAUGUCCAUCAUCAGUGAUUUGUAUUCUGUCAUUCUGCCAUGUCUCAUGACAAGGCACUUACUUCUGCCCAAGGCGCAGAAGCUCGGACUUUUCUUCGUCUUUUCACUGGGCCUGCUCGCAGUUGUCGCCAGCUCCGUGCGAACUUACUGGUUGUACAAAGUCGGACACUCCAGCGACGUGUCGACCAGCAUAUUCUACGUCUUCGUCUGGGCGCAACUCGAGCUCAGUCUUGGAAUCAUGUGCACAGCACUGCCGUCACUGCGCGUACUCUUCCGAGAAUACGUUAGCAGCCCUUUGAAAAGAUCUCGAUUCGGAGGUACUUUCUCUUCGAGUCGAAGCCGCCGAAUGUCUGACGAAGUUCGAAUCAUACAAGGACAAGGCAUUACAGGAAUCUCCAGCGCGGAUCUCGAAAACCAACAAGUUCACUACAGUGCCAAACAUACACCGACAUCUUCAACAUCGACCUGCGCUGAUGACGCUGUCGUGAAAGCUGAUGAUCAAGAGACAAUGCGAGCUUCCUGGACAGAGGGCAUUCCCUAUCUCGUGACGACGCCAGAGCAAUACGAAACAUACAAUCUACGUAACAUGGAGAAGUACAGAAAAUCUACGCAUACCCGAGAUGGAUCAAGGAGCACAAAAGCGCAGUCUGGAUUAUCUCGCAAGGAAAUCAAUGUUACGGAGAGAAUGUCGUCGGACAAAGAGAUCGACAGCGCGGAGAGGAGCUGGUUCGACAGUAAAGACUAGAACAGAUUUGGUGCUAAGUUCGCACCACAUUAUGAUUGAUGAAGUUAAUGGCUCCACGAUACGACAGAGGAGAAAGAACAGGAAGAAAACCACCCCACUGGUGCCACGAUCGAAAUCGGAUUUAUUCCACAUCUCCCCGGUCCCGUCUGCGGUAGAUGUGAGUCGGGCUGUCCAACACGGUGGCGCUCGACACAUCCAGGCUCGGAAGGCUUUAGAUUGAGCACCAACAAUGAACGACAACGCGAAUUGGGGCAUUUGCCGAAAAUUAUCAAGGGGGUAAAAAGACUGAGAAAUGCCGUGGGGAAAAUGAAAUGCGAGAUCGAUAGCAUCGCAAGAGACGAUG